AUGACUACACUUCUGCUGUCUUCAACGCUGGAUAGUAUCUGUGUAUACUCUGACAAGAUAUCACAUCUACAAAACAGUGACUCCUUCAGCCAAUGUUCGCACGUCCAUCAGAUGGUGGAUCAACUCUCACAACUUCUUGGGGGCCGGGAGGCCGAGGGGCAGGGGCCCUUCCAGCUGCAGCUGGGUGGGCGGCGUCUGGUUGCUCAGCUUUGGCGCAAGGACCUGCUCCUGGCCAGCCACCUCCCUGUGUUCACCUAUGAGCGGGGUGGGCUGGUGAGGAGCCAGCCCUUCAUCCCAGCCCACUGCUACUACGAGGGCUAUGUGGAGGGCGCCCCAGAGUCACUGGUGGUGCUGAGCACCUGCUCCGGGGGGCUGCGAGGGCUGCUGCGCAUCGAGGGGACGAGCUACGGGAUCGAGCCCGUCAAGGCCUCGUCCACUUUCCAGCACCUCCUCUAUCAGAUGAGGGAAGUGGAGGGCAGGCCUGCCUCAUGUGGGGUAACUGCUGAGGAGCUGCAACAUCUAGAAACCAAGACCCAGGACAUGGCACCCACUCGGGUAGCUGGACGUCGCAAAUGGACCCAUGCCACGUAUAUUGAGUUCUGUGUGGUGGUGGAGAAAGAGCAGUUCAUCCUUCACAGAAGGAAUGAAAGCUACCUGACCAGCCAGGUCCUUGAAGUAAUCAAUAUGGUGGACUCAUUUUAUCGUGCUAUGGGAGCGCAUGUUGUCCUGGUUGGACUAGAGAUCUGGACAGAAAACAAUCUCAUCACACUACCUAAUGAUAUAGGCAAUGCCCUUACUGAAUUUAACCAGUGGCGGACUGACGUACUCUAUCGUCGCCUUCAGCAUGAUGCUGGACAGCUAUUUAUGGCUAAAACAUACAGAGGGCGUGCUGGGCGGGCGUAUGUAGGAGGUAUCUGCCUUGUGACAGAUGCAGCAUCUGUUGUCACAUGGCGUUUUGCUUCUGUGCCAUUUUUUUCAGUCACUGUUGCACAUGAGUUGGGACAUAAUCUUGGCAUGUAUCAUGACUAUGCUAAAUGUCAUUGUAAAAGAACUGUUGGUUGCAUCAUGGCUGCUGUACAUGUAACUACAGAUGAAUUCAGUGACUGCAGUCAUGAAGUAUAUUAUAAUCUCCUUCGUGAUGGUGCUGGAUUCUGCUUAUAUAACAUCCCAGCACCCAGCAAAACUUUUAUGAUGCAGCACUGUGGUAACAAGGUGGUGGAAAGGAAAGAGGAAUGUGACUGUGGGUCAGAACUGGAAUGCAAAAAAGACCCAUGUUGUCAGUCCACAUGCAAACUGAAACCACAUGCAGUUUGUGCUUUUGGAAAGUGCUGUAAAAAGUGUCAGAUUCUUGCUAAAGGAAAACUAUGUAGAGCAGCUGUUGAUGAAUGUGAUCUUCCUGAGUAUUGCAACGGGACUUCAGAGUUGUGCCAAGACGAUGUGCAUGUACAAGAUGGCACUCCAUGCAGAGACAUGGGCUACUGUUAUCAUGGACGCUGCCGUAACCACAAUAAACAGUGUGCCGACAUCUUUGGAAGAGGUGCACAAAAAGCUCCUUUAAGUUGUUUCAGUAACCUGAACACUCGAGGUGACCGGUUUGGCAAUUGUGGUGGUGAAACUGGAGCAAAUUACAAAAGAUGUAAAACCAAUGAUGUCUUAUGUGGAAGGAUUCAGUGUAAAAAUGUAAAAAAAUUACCUUCUUUGAAGGAACAUAGUACUGUUGUACAAACUCCGAUAGGUGAUAUCUGGUGCUGGGGUACAGACCAUCAUUCUGGGAUUGAUGUAGUUGAUACUGGAGCAGUGAAAGAUGGCACAUUUUGUGGUAAUGGGAAAAUUUGCCUCAACAGGACAUGUGCAAGUGUGUCGAAUUUGAAUUUUGAUUGUGAUGCUAAGAAAAAAUGCAACAGUAGGGGAGUAUGUACCAGUACUAAAAAUUGCCACUGUAAAUAUGGGUGGGCCCCUCCAGACUGUAAAUUGCCAGGAUAUGGAGGAAGCAUUGACAGUGGACCUGCUCCAAUGUCUAAGCCUAUGAUAAAUAUAAGGAGCAGAAGUCCGGGUAAUAUAAUUUGGAUAGUUAUUGGCAUUAGUAUUGUUAUUGUUCCUAGCAUUGUUGCAGUACUUAUAAAAAUUGGAUGGAUGAAAUUAUUUGGAAGGCUAGAUGCCACACAGAGAAAACAAACUGCUGCAGUGUCUGAUAAUGAUAGACAGAGCCUCCAAACAAAAGGCAGCAUUAAGUCAAAAAAGUAAGACACAACAAUUUUUCUAAGGAGGGCAACAAAUUUAAAAGUCAAAGGUUUAGAGCUUGUUAUGUUAGCAGUCGCUGAAAGAAUCUAUCCCAGGGUACGUCUAGACUGCCGGGGGUUUUCAGGAUUCCAGAGGUAUCUGCCAAAAAACUCUGCCACAUCCAGGGAAGCAU